CUUUUGACAGAUGCGGAGACCAUGGUCAAGUACUUAGCAAGAAUGUGACCAGCGAGCACUUCCGUACCUCUGAGAAUUUUCAUGCAUCGACAACAGAGCAGUUGGCAAGCCUCUACAUUUCUUCAGACCUCCACACAAACACUCGCGACCGUUGAGGAUGUAAUGCAAAGACGGCGUCUUCUCUGUGAGUUGCUGGAAAAGAGAAAGGUCGAGCGACAACUACUCCUUGCAGAGACAAGGCUACCAGUUUUACAGGCCAGAGGAGGACGUCUUCCUGAUCAGCAGUCAUCUGCUCACGGCUCUGGAAGGAAAUACAAGUGUCAGAAGCUCUUCUCAUUCAAGACGCGGUCUCGAAUGAUUCAGCACGAACCACCGGACAUAUUGAAGAAGCACGUGUGGAAGCCAUGUAAGGAGCCGCCGGAGAAUCCCUUGGAAAGCGACACCAGCGUCCCAAAAAAAAAAGAAAAAGAAGGACACGUCGAUAGUGAGUCCAAAACCGCUGGAGGACAAGAGAAAAGCGGAUCUGGUCAUAUUUAUGCAGUAGGGACAUCCAACGAGGACACUCGAUGUCGGAACCAUUAAUGUCAACGUUAUGUGAGCACUGAACAAGGAGUUUCAACAGUCCAAGGCAUCCGAGUUGUUGCCAAAGAUCGAGACCUGCCUCCAAUAAGCUAUUUGCCACGUGUCCCAAGCCAAACGUACCUACCAGAGAGCUAUUGGUC